AUGGCCGAGCCUAGUAUACCAUUCGACGGCCCCCGCAGAGCGCCUACGUUUCCACGGCAGCCAGAGGAGCUGCAUAUGCCCUCAGGAAACGCCUCGAUACCGCAGAACGAACCGCGACAGGAUCAGCAUAAUCCCAACUUGCCCUCGUUGCUGAGCAUCCAGCAGCAAUCGGGCUCCCAGCAGCAGCAGCAGCACCAGCAGUUCCCCAACAGCAACGCUGGAAAUAAUGCUCUACCGGGCGCCCUACAGCCUGGUCCUGCUAGCCGCCAGGGACCGUCUUCUACGCUCAACUCUUCCUCCGGGGUGCCCUCGCAGCUAGCGGUGCCGAUGACACCGUCGAAACAGUCGUCCCUCAACCAGCUGCAGUCGUACCCCUCCAGCCCCGGAAUCGACCAGCAACGAUACCACCAACCCAGCAAUAUGAUGUCUCCGCCGUCCGCCGGACAGUCGACCACGCCGUAUUCACCGCUUGGGCUGGCAGACAUACGCCCGCAUAUGGAUCUGGCCAGGGUAGACGACUCGGCCUCCUCGUCGGCCAUGAACAACGGGGAUAUGCAGACGCCAAAAAAUAGCAACUAUCUCGCUCCUUGGGGGCUGUACGCGCUGGAUUGGUGCAAAUGGCCUGCUGCGCCAAAUACCAAUUCUGCGGGGAAGAUUGCCCUCGGGAGCUACCUCGAAGACACCCACAAUUAUAUCCAAAUUCUCCAUGCGCAAACCGCCGAGCGAGACUACAACGACCCGGAUAACGACCCCGGUUUGGAGUUCGUAAAGACCGCGGAAGCAACCCACUCAUACCCAGUUACUCGUAUCCUAUGGGAACCUCCAUCGUCCCAGAAACAGUCGACAGACCUUCUAGCCACCUCUGGCGACCAUCUCCGUCUUUGGUCGUUGCCCUCAAAUCCCAAUCAGAGCCAAUACUACGGUAACAAUUCCAUCAACCGAAUGAGCACCAGUAACAGGAGCCCGCCACCACUACAAAAGCUCUCGCCCCUUGCCCUCCUUUCUAAUUCCAAGACCCCCGAACACACAGCUCCUAUAACAUCGCUAGACUGGAAUGCCGUCUCCCCGAGCUUGAUCAUCACCUCGAGUAUCGAUACUACGUGUACCAUAUGGGAUAUACCCACCCUGACUGCAAAGACGCAACUCAUCGCCCAUGAUAAAGAGGUGUAUGAUGUGCGGUUUUGUGCAAACAGCGUGGAUGUCUUUGUUAGCUGCGGUGCAGACGGAAGUGUGAGAAUGUUUGAUUUGAGAAGUUUGGAACAUAGUACCAUUAUCUAUGAGCCAUCGGAAAAACAUGAAAAGGGGAGUCCAGGAGACCUCUCACCCGGCCAUUCCACCGUAUGGCCUCCACCUCUACAACGUAUUGCAGCAUCGCCACAUGACGCCCAUCUACUGGCAACAUUUGCCCAGGACUCCAAUAUUAUCCGUGUCCUCGACGUCCGACAACCCGGUCAAGCACUACUGGAACUAAAAGGCCAUGCCGCCUCGAUCAACUGCAUGGAGUGGUCUCCAUCUCGUCGCGGGACCAUAGCCACUGGUGCGGACGACUCGCUGGUUCUAAUCUGGGAUCUCAUCAACCAAAAUAACGCAGCUGCGUUGCCAAUCCCUCCGCAGCAGCCACAGCCGCUUCACGCAGGUGGGAAUAGCGGUGGCACCAGUAGUGGUCCGUCGACGCUUGAACGAGGGCCUGCUGCUGCAUGGCGCUGUGAUUACGAGGUGUCGAAUAUCAGUUGGGCACCUCAUAUCCCGGCCACUGGACCAGGGAGGGAUUGGCUCGGGAGUUAUUGCAUUCCCAACCAUGCAUCCAUCCAUCGGCUGGCAUAG